CUCAAACCCUAUAUAAAUUAUAAACCAACCUUAGAGGUAGACACCAAAUACCAAAACUAUAUCUCAUCCAUAAUAGUGUUCUCAUUUUCAGCUGCGUUUUCGCUUGUGUUAAUUAGUAGUUUGUGAAACAUGGACUUCAUGAUGCCCCUGAAGAAUAUGGGAGUCGACACCAACCUACUAGACGCCCUCCACGACCUUUUGGACUUCUCCGACGAGCAAAACCAGGCGAGCCACCAGGCACCGUCACGCCGAUACGUCCGAGAAGCCAAGGCCAUGUCGGCUACUCCUGCGGACGUGAAGGAGACUCCGAACGCCUUCAUCUAUGUGAUCGACGUGCCGGGGCUCAAGUCGGACCAGAUCAAGGUUCAGCUGGAAGACGACAACGUUUUGGUUGUGUGCGGCGAGAGGAAGAGGGAGAAGGAGAGGGACCAUGGAGUGAAGUACCUGAGGAUGGAGAGGAGGCUUGGCAAGUACCUCAAGAAGUUUGUGCUGGCGGAGAAUGCUGAUACAGAGAAGAUCAGUGCUGAGUGUCAAGAUGGAGUAUUGACUGUGGUAGUGGAUAAAAAGCCGCCGCCGGAGCCGAAGAAGCGCAAGACUGUUGAGGUGAGGGUUGUCGGCAGCGAAGGAGGUCAAGGUGGCCAGUUGGGCCUAGAAGGUCAAAGUGGAGGGCAAGGAGUUCAAGGUGGUUUCCUAGGUGACGAAGGCGGCGCACAGAAACAGGAAGGAGGCCAAGAUGGCAAUAGCCAUAUCUAGACAAGGUCUGCAUGGAAGGAUGUUUCCCUUUUGCACCGUUUGUAAUAUCGUAUAUAUGCUUUUGUAUGUUUUUGUUUUCAGAGUCCUCUACAAUCCAUAUAAGGAAUAAGAAAUAAAUAUGAGGAAGCUAGGUCUGUCUGUAGACUCUGUACUCUGUAGUACACUACUGUGUAAAUAUCUAGCUCUACAUAUUUGUGAUCUUCAUGUUCUCCAAUGUGAAAUUAUAGUCGUCGUAUAUAUAAUUUGCUUUGAAUAGUCA